CCAAGCACCACCCUCCUUUUGAAGCUUCCAGUCUGUUAUUCGAACUCAAUCAGCAUGACAGAGUGAUCUCCAGCCUUUUCCUCGUCAACACCCACACCUGUGGGACGUUUGACCGCAGUGUGACCCUGCUGGAGGUGUGUGGAAGCUGGCCAGAGAGCUUUGGCCUGCGUCACAUGAGCUCUGUGGAGUCCACCGAGGAGGGGCUGAGAGAGAGGCUGGCAGACGCCAUGUCAGAGUCACCAUCCAGAGACAUAGUGGGCUCGGCUACCGAGCUCCAGAGGGAGGGCAGCAUUGAGACUCUUAGCAACAGCUCUGGCUCCACCAGCGGCUCCAUCCCCCGUAACUUUGAGGGUUACCGCUCUCCACUGCCCACCAACGAGAGCCAGCCCCUCAGCCUCUUCCCCUCCGGAUUCCCCUAGAGGAGACCAGGAGACAGCCUGCCUACCGCCCUACAAGACCUGGGGUCAAAUACUAUUUGAUAUCUUUCAAAUGCUUUGAGAGUUUGCUUUAGUCUGCCUGGAAUCCCUGAUGGGAGGGGGCUACAUUUUGGCGACUGUUCUAUUGGUUCCAUUACGCCAGACAAGCUCAAUAAACCCCAGAAAAAGUAUUUGAAAUUAUUUCAAAAAGUAUUUGAACCCAAGUCUGUUCUGAAAAAUGCAACGUUACAGGACUUUCAGGUAGAACAUUUUAUAGAUCAGAUAUGUCCUGUAGGAAAAUGAGUUAUUGCAGAUCUAUAUAUUAUAUUUAUAUCUGCAACGCUCUGAAAGUUUCACCCUAUUGAACACAGCCAUGUUCCCGUAAUUCUGCAUGUUGAAUGAGUCGAUGGCUACUGCUGCUUGGUCACUGGCUAAUGUAACAUAAAAGGGUCAUGAUUAAUUUAUUAUUUUUAAUGCAGAACACAUGCUUAUUAAUACAUUUUCACUGUAAUAUUGAUUUUGUACAAUACUGAGUCGUUAUUUGCUAUACAUUUGUGUUAAUGAAAUACUGAAGACUUGGAAAAUAGUUUGCUGUGUUAUAUUAUCACCCCUGGAUAUUCAAUAAUUUCAUAUAUACUAAGUAAAUAUAACAUCUGCAUAGUCAUUGUUUUAAUCACGUGUACAAAAGUUAGCAGCUUGUGCUUCUGUAAAUGUAAAGAGACUACUCGUUUAAUUUAAAGAAAAUAAAUUAACCACACCAAAGCCAGUACA